AUGCCGCGAUGCUCCUGAAGAGAUGUUGCACAUGUAGCGAUCCUAUUGAGACUUGCAGACAAUGCCGUCCACCCAUCGAUGGUGUCGACGAAGCCUGUCUCCAGCAUGACUAUUGUCUUGCCUGUGGUAAACGACAUGGUUACGACACGCAAGCCUGUGACUGCCAGAAAGCAAUCACCAGCCAAGCCUACAAAGCAGACUGCAAAAAAUCGCCGGAUGAGAAAAGCUGUUGCGCCUAUAGGCUUGCCGUCCUCGGUGUAUUUGAGAACUUCCCCUGCGUCUGCACCAACAUGAACACGUGCCAAUGGACCUUCCAGCUGAUGGGCCCAGGGAAAUGUCUCGUAGCCAAUCAUAAUUGGUGCUAG